AUGCUCCACAUCAACCAAGUUUAUGUGGUUUGGCAUAUUAGAUAUGUUGUGACAAAAGCAUUUUUUGGUGCCAAGACGAUUGAAAGGUUUUCUAUACAGGAGCAUGGGGUUAAGAUGCUAUCCCUUAUGGAGAAGCUCAAGGGCCUCAAGACUCAUCUUGAGAAAGAGACAUACAUUGAUGUGAUCCUUCAGUAUCUUCCUCACUCCUUUGACCUUUUUAUCGUGAACUGUAACAUGAAUAGGCUUGACAAAGGCCUUCAUGAGUUGAUAAAUAUAUUGGUCCAGUACGAGGCAAUGAUUGAAAAGUCUGCACCGUUGUUAUUGGUACGGGAGGCUUCAACCUCAGAAGCGAAAGGCAAAAGGCUGGACGCUGGAGGAGGAAGAAGGGUUAGACAGAAUCAGCUACUGCAAGCGCUCAGAGCACUCCUGUUUCUUAGCUGA